GAUCUUCGGUUGCACGAUCAAAACAACCAAUCACCGCGUGAUUGGGCUACCAUGCAGCCACAUUCUGAAAGCCGACUGGCCACUCUUUCAUUGAUUGAACACUUCCGUGAAGCGUCGAUGAAAAACAACGUAGUGAAUGUUUUCGAUUCUGGAGUUGCGGAAUUAAACAAUAGUUCUACUUCUCGGGUGCAGCCUGCUACAGUGAAAUUUCCGACAAUGUUGCGGAAUACACUUGCUGCGAUAGGUUUGGUGCGUAGCGAAAACUGCGAAUUUAUUGGACCUUUAGGCAACGUUAAAGGCACUGGGUUCGGCAAGAUUCUGUACGGGCGCGGAGAGAGCGCAGCUGCACUUUGGCCAGUUCCAUUGAUUAGCGAGUCAGAAAUAAGUGAUCCCGACGACGAUGCAUAUGGUGCGAAAGCAGAUCUUAAUGGUUAUCUACCGCGAGGUAUUGCUUACAGAUCCGGUCCGACGACUGAAAUGAUAUCUAGACGCUGGCUUGAAACUCCCGUUACUAUUCGGCGUAUGAAAGACGAUCAACCUCCUGAUCUGUUAUUUGAAGAGCUUCAUAGCAUGAGCCGGUUGAGGCAUCCAGGACUGUUGAUGUUGAUGGGAGUUAAUGCAACCCAAAAUUGGCAGAGCGUGCAACUUGUAUACGAGCCUAUUUACCGUGGCUCUCUACACCAUCGACUCCAUAUAAUGGGAUCUACCAUUCCGCUGAUUAAACGACUGCUUGUAUUGCAGCAGAUUUGUGAUGCCUUGCUGUUUCUUCACUCUAAGGAGUUGUUACAUUGCAGUGUUUCAUCGCAUGCCGUACAUUUAGUAUCCACUAGCCGAGCCAAGUUAGGAUGCUUGGAGACUUUGAAUGAAUAUAAAGAUCUAUCAAACAGAGCUUAUCGGAAUAUUCCAUCUUCACACUGGGAAUGGAUGGCUCCUUGGCUUGCACCGGAAUGUGCCCGCGGAGAGUUUGCCUCCCCCCUCUCUGACGUCUAUUCCUUUUGCUGUCUGGUGUGGGAGACGUGCUCAGAGAAAAUACCUUGGUCGCAUCUCGAUUCAAAAGAAAUCAAUCGAAUGUGGCAAAAGGAGAGUUGCAACAAUCCAAGAAUGCUUCCGCUUGGGUCGGCUAUCCCUCGUCAUAUUACGAGUUUUCUCAAACUGGGCCUUCAACCGGAAUUGAGUGAACGACGAGAAAUAGAUUUGAAGGAAAUCUAUAUGAUGCUUCGUCUUCAGGCGGCUGCAGUGUCUCACUCGCAGCAGAAAGAAGUUUACCAAAAGUCAGGCCCACCGCCAGUUAGAAUGAAUUGUCUGACUCCCGUUCCACCAACCUUCACUCACUCUCAGAUCCAACCCAAACACGGAUGGAAGGCAGUCAAGAACUUUAAGAAAAGAAGGGCGCCACCGCCGCCACCACCUCCCCUUCCACCUCCUCCUCCGGGGCAGCAACAAAUUUUGGAAGUGUCGAAUGAUUCCUUGGAUGACUGCAACGCCGAAAUUAAUCAGUCAACACCGAACGAGAUUGUUCAAACCGAAGUCCAGACUGAGUGCAAUGGACAUUUGCAGCAAACGAUAUUCUGUACUCCCAACCCCAGUGGCGGUGAUCAGUAA